AUGCACUUUAGAUAUCUUUCCGGUGCUGGCGACACUCCUAUCUCUCGACGGAAGUCUUUCAAAAAGUCUCUUAGGGAAUCCUUUAGAAGAUUGAGAAAGGGACGUUCGCAACGUCGAGCGAAUGCCAAUAGUCCUACGAGAAAUACUGCAUCGGAGAAAAAAAAGGAUAGCGUUGCUUCUUCACCGAGCGGCGAUCUGUCACCGACAGAAUUAAAGCCGGUAGAGAGACAAGUGGAAGCGAGACCCGUUGACGACGCUUUAGGCUCUAUGGUUCGGUGCUUGUAUUUUGCCAGAAGUUACAUUAUUAGCUUACAAAAUACAACACCUACACUUUGGGCGGGCACCAACAACGGCACGGUUUACGUUUUUACAUUGGCCAUACCGGCCGGCGUGAGAAGAACAGAAGAAGACGUCAACUGUACCUUGGGCAAAGAGAUACAAUUGAAACAUCGAGCGCCUGUAAUCGCCAUCACGAUCCUCGAUGGAUCUAGCGUGCCGUUACCGGAACCCUACGAGGCCGAGAAAGGCGUGACACCCGGGCCCGACAUGACUUCUACGCAUAGAGUUGUAAUCGCCAGCGAGGAGCAAUUCAAGAUUUUCAAUCUUCCGUCCCUGAAGCCGUAUUGCAAGUACAAGCUGACCGCCCACGAAGGAUCCAGAGUACGAAAAACAGGUUUCGCUAAGUUCUCAUGUCUUGUUGAGCCAUCGGGAACUCACGAGGAAACUUGUUUGCUUUGCCUGACGAAUCUUGGCGAUUGUCUGAUAUUGAGUAUACCGGAAUUGAGAAGGCAAUUGAACGCGGCUGCGAUCAAGAGAGAGGAUAUUAAUGGCAUUUCUUCCUUAAUAUUUACGAAAGCCGGAGAAGCAUUGUAUCUUCACUCGAGUUCGGAACUCCAACGAAUUUCCUUGUCAGCUGCAAAAAUGACAAAGGCGCAUUGCGCGCUUAAUUUACCACCACACGCUAGAACAUAUGUGGAAAAUACUACUAACGAAGUCGCGCAGGAACAAGGCGUCGUUGAAGGUGCACCCGAGACCGAAGGGGAGACACAGGGAAGUCAACCACCGACGGCAAUGCCCAGAGUGAUCACGGAAAAUGGCGUAGUGGAUACCACUGGAGAGGAAGAAUCUCCGAAGGAACCAUCACUGCGACCGGCUACGAGUAGUAUAGAUGUAAACGGGGAAGAUGACCGUCAGGAUUUAAGUUCUAUCGGAGAUAUUACGAUCGACAGUGUUAAAGAUCAUUUGCUUAACAGUCCACUUUUCAGAAACGCGACGUCUUCCGAAGAGCUCCACAAUCGUUUGGCAGGACUUAAGAUGGAAGUGACCUCACGAACUUCCGAGAUAUCCACGCAGAAUCAGUCGCUAGUAGUGAAAACAACCACUGUGGUUACGCAAACUACGAACAGCACAACCGCUAAUGGCGAAGUCGAGACAAAUCAGGCAAACGAAACGCAACAUGUAAACAGCACUACAGUAGAGCGAGAGAUACGCAGCGGUAUCGAGACAACAACGACACAUGCUACCAUCACUCUGCCCCCGAACGUCGAGAUUAGUGCCGCGGAUUUGGCCAACUUGGAGGUCACUACGACCACAGUGACCACUACUACAGAAAGGUCCAAGGCGCCAUUGGCUAGGCCAGAAGAGGUCGGUUCGUAAACCAGUUCCAUAUCGUUUCUCCAUGCUGAACGUGCAUCGAUUUCGCGCUCCAUUUACAGAGCCAUCAAUAAUUAGUUAUUCUUACUGAUUAAACGUGUACACAGCGGCGAUAUAGAUAGCAUUUAUAUAACGUAGAUUUUUGUAAGAAAUUUAGAUUUUUAUGCAAACAUUCAGCAAUGAUCACGCGUAAACGACGAGUGAUCAAUUUUUAAUAUAAACUUUAUGCAUUUCAUUGACAUCUAUAUCAUUGUAUUCUAUAUGAAAGUGUUCCAAACGAAUUUGGAAUUGACACAGGGAAUCAAUGAUUUUUAACGAAAUAGGCCUAGAGAAAUAUUUUAUUUAUCAUAUCGAAAUAAGAGAGAGAGAGAGAGAGUAUAAGAUAAAUCCUCAUUGUGCUUUUCUUUAUAGAGAAAAUUUUAAAAAUUUGAUUAUUGAUAGAGAUCAAGAUAAGAAAAUUUUAUAAAAGAAUAUCGUAUAAAAAAAAAAUUCAAUUUUAAAAUAAAUUUAGAUUUUUAUCACGAGGAUUGAUAUAUUAUUUUGCACGGUCCGUUUUUAAUUCGUUCAUUAAUCUUAAUGAUGAGUCUGGUGCAUGUAAUCAGUAUAAUCAUAGGCUUUUAAGGAGGAUUAUAGUUUACUGAGAGAUAGAGAAUGACGAGAAACAUCACAAACCGUGAAUUAUGGCAGCCUUAAAUCUACUAUUACCUUAUGUAUUUUUAAUUAUCGAAAAGACGCCCGCAGUAUUCGCAAUAUUUGAUAUGUUUUUGAGCGUUUCUUGUUACGAUUUUUUAUUUUUUAUGAGCGGAAAUGUGAUGCGAUAUAGAGAUGCUCCGAACAAAAUAAAAAAACCAUAGCUACUUAAGUAGAGUUAUAUAUUGUGACGAACAAGCGAGAUUAAGCGUGGCAAAUUUGAGGAGGAACAUCCGUCGACGUGAUGUAGGGAGAACGCGUUGAAAAAUAUAUUUUUUAUCAAUGUUGCUUAAUCGUUAAGUUUCCUCUCUCUUCGCGUUAUCUAAGAAUGUGUAUUGCCGAAUUUUCGAGGGAAUCCUCGAAUACUCGGGAGCGCUUAACGUACACGAUACCGACAUAGUUAUUUUAUUGUUGCAUUUAUCCGCAGUCUCUUUUUUCCAGACAGAAUUGUUGAGUAAUCUUCAGCGACGGACGAUUGUUGCAAAGUGCAUUUCUUGAUAUUUCUACCAGAUUUUAAAAGUAUACUACAUGCAUACAUAUAUCACAGCUUUUUUGCACAGCAAACUGAUAUAUUUUGUAGCUUGUUGUUUUUUUUUUUUUUCGUUAGGAGUACAGAGUAUAUCGAAUAUCUUAUGAUUUUGAUCUCAAUAGAAUUGUCACGGGAAUGGUAGUUCAUAUUUAAAAACUGCUUUUUCUUUUGACCGUACACGUGCGUCAAUAAUCUUAUAAUAUUGUACAAAAAAGAAAUCUGAAAAUGCAACAGACUGAUGGAAAUAUGCCCUCCUUACGCAUCUUUGCAUUUAAUUUGCUUUUCUUUACUGAUCAAAAUUUAAAUUGAUAAAUAUUUUACACAUUCUAAACGAUUAUUCUAUAUCUUCUUAGUGCGAUAGGUUUUAAUCUUUACAGAUAAGUUUUAAUCUUCUCCUCUAAAUUUGUUUCGCUAUUUUAUUAACGAAUAUAUAUCCAGUUUGUUUUUAUACUUUGAAGCAUAAUGUCACGUCUCGCACGUAUUUUAUUCGUGCUUGAAAAAAAAAAGAAAAUAUGCAUUUACAUUUGAAGAGGAUUUCAAUCUUCAUAACUGUAAAAUGCGUGCUAUUGAGAUAGUUUUUUAUUUUAUUGAGUCGAUGCCGAGCUUGCUGAGAUACGCGCAUUCGUAACAUUGUAAAUUGUUUUUUACUUUGAUAAAGUAAUGUAUAGUGUACACAGAAUGAAAUUGAUGAAACACUGCCCCCGAAACUUUUUCCUAUCCGACACUGUUAAAUAUCGAUUGUAACAUGUCAUAUAUUGAAUGCCUAUUACGAUGAAAUAUAUAAGUAUAAUUAUUGAUGUAUUUUCUAUUUCAAACA